UGCGCAACGUGAUAUCAUGCGCUGGACAUUCCUGUUUAAUAACAACUUCCGCUUCUUCUCUGCAGCAAGGGGAUAUCAGAAACGUUGUCACAAGGUUUAACAAGGUUUUCCCGAACGUUUCAUCGGUUUACAGCGUGGGGAACUUAAAUGGAGCAUGAAGAUGGAAAUAAUUACGACUGGUCGAUGGAGCGAAGAGUGCAAGGUUUGGUGAACAAACAUAUGGCGGACAUCGCUCUCGAAACCCUCCAGCAGAGGCUGACUGCGGUGUCCGAUGAGAUGCACAGUCUGGCUCAACAUGUCUCCAGACGCUCAGGUGACGAGUUCAAAGACGAGCCGCGAAGAGGGGACGGCAGCUUCGGCGUGGAGCCGCCGCUCUCCUCCCCCUGCAGCUCCGCAGCCACGGACAAGUUCGUCACCGCUUCAUCCACAGAGACUGCAGCUCAGCGGAAGAUCAUCGCCCUGCUGGUGGAGAUCAAAGAGGAACAGCAGAGGCAGUGGGCGGUGCUGAGGGAUCUUCAGGCCCGACUGCAGGGUCAAACAGGUUAUGAGGAGGAAGAUGUGGAAGCUCUGGACAUGGAUCUCCCACUGAGGACCCUUCAGCAGCUAGAUGAGAUGGAGAGACAGCUGGAGGAGCCAGGAAUACAGAAGAGAAUGGUGUCUUACCUGUCCCGUAUGGGUGGGGCUACAGUUGAUGAUGCAGUGAGACGUCUCAUGCAAGCUGUGCUUUCAUUUGCUGUUGGUUCUGAGCUAAACUGGGUGGGCCGUGGACAGAAGAGGAGCUUUAGGAACACUCGCCUCCAAGGGGUCCUCUUCCGUGCUCUGAAACGGACACCAGUAGGUAAGGAGGCCACACAUCACGAGUACGCUGAUGUGGUGAAGAAAUGGCUGCGGUUUGCCCCAUUCAGACAGGGAGGGACUGGUCGUCGCUGCUGCAAACCUCCUGCAGAGUUUCCAGAUUCUGAGGAAACUGACAGUUUUAACCAAAGCUGCACACACUGAUAUUUAUCUCACUCCAAGAAACAAGGGUUUCAAUUCCAGGACAGACUAUCCAAAUGUGAAAAAAUCCACACUAUGCAUGAAAGGAUUUCUAUUAAGAUAGAAAUAUUAUUUCAAUUUUUUUUCUUAAAGAUACUCACACAGUG